AUGGGCGGCUUUGUGACUGGCUUCAGUAUUCUGGAAAUAACUGCUGUGGAUGUUGGAAUCGUUGCCAUCAAGGGCCUGUUCUCUGGCAGAUACCUGGCCAUGAACAAGAGGGGCAGACUUUAUGCAUCAGAGAACUACAACUCUGAGUGUGAGUUCGUGGAGAGGAUCCAUGAGCUGGGUUACAACACCUACGCCUCCCGUCUGUACCGGACUGUCCCCAGCAGGGCCAGCACCAAGCGCAAAGCCAGCGCUGAGAGACUCUGGUACGUCUCAAUCAAUGGCAAAGGACGACCCAGGAGGGGCUUUAAAACCCGCAGGACACAGAAAUCCUCUCUCUUUCUGCCCAGAGUGCUGGAUAACAAAGACCAUGAGAUGGUCCGGCAGUUCCACACAAACACAAAAUACCGUGAGAGUCUCCUGAAGGCCCCGAGCAAGAACCAGCGCAGAAGGAGAGGACACUGACGGGGUGGGGGGAGGUCAUGUUGGGGGUGGAAGGGACUGAGAGCCUUCAAAAUGCUACUAAGAAAGCUAACAGCUGUGAUUGUAUGAGAGGGAUUAACAUGGAUGGGUUUUAUACACUGUGUAAUAGAACCAAAAACCACAUUGCUUCCUUUUAGCUGUUGUAGAAUUGUUACCUGUGGGGAAAGAGAUGCUAGAUAAACUUUGGCACACUCAAAGGUAAAUUAGGUGGAUAUAAUAAUUUUGUCAUCAACUUUCAUGUUUCUUUUUCUUAAAAAAAAAAAUCAAAUAUUUUCAUUCUAACCUGCUGUAGGCUAUUAUCUCAGUGAUGCUGCCCUCCCAGACCACAUGGAUAUUUAACACUUACCAAAUUUAUGGCCACAGAGAAGGUAUAGCCCUUUCACAGCUCUUCUGACCAUAAGAGGCUACAUUAUUUUUACAUAA